AUGGCUCUCAAUUUGAUUCUAAGUGGGGAAAUCCUUUAUAGGAGGACUCCAGAUUUGGGUCUUCUCAGAUGUGUCGAUGUUGUGGAAGCUGUGAAACAUACUGAACAGAUCCAUGCUGGAGUUUGUGGCACGCAUAUGAAUUGGCUCACUUCGGCAAGAAAGAUACUUCGAGCCGGAUAUUUCUGGUUGACUAUGGAGAAUGAUUGUUGCAAGUUUGUGAAAACAUGUCAUAAAUGUCAAGUUCAUGGCGAUUUGAUCCGAGUGCCACCUCACGAACUUAAUGCUUUGACAUUUGUAGCUUGGGCUUCUGACAAGUCGAUAACCAAGAAAGUUGUGGCUGAUUUUGUUCGUGACAAUCUUCUUUGCAGGUCUUAUCGCCCUCAAAUGAAACAAGAUGUGGAGUCCGCCAAUAAAAACAUCAAGAAGAUUAUGAGGAAAAUGGAUGACAAUCACCGAGGUUGUCGUGAGAUGUUUCCAUAUGAUUCAUUGGAUUAUCGAACGACCAUCAGAACAUCGACUGGAGCUACUCCGUACUUACUAGUAUAUGGAACAGAAGCGCCCACAACAACUGAAGUUGAGAUACAGUCAUUGAGAAUCAUCCAAGAAACUGAGUUGAGUAAUGCUGAAUGGGUGAGAAAGAGAAUCCAGCAGUUAACUUUGAUUGACGAGAAGAGAAUGGUUGUUGUUUGUCAUGGUCUAUUGUAUCGAUAG